AUGUCAGUAUCCAACAGAGUGGCCUUGGCUCCCAUCAAAGACUCGUGCUUGAACAAACCAGGGUCACGCGACGGAACCCCCAUGAGGAAACCAAAGAGAGUCUCUCCUCUCGCGUCCUCCCAUGGCGUCAACUCGUUUGCAAACUCUCCCACCACCACCUCCAGUAUCAUUUCUGCCAGAACGCCUGGCUACUUGGUGGGAACUGCUGGCGUUUCUACCAGCUUCAAUGGUGCCAGUGGAGCUCGUCAUACUCCCAUCAAGUCGCUCAGCUUUUCUGAGUCACGGUCGUCGUCAUUGUCGCCAACAAUUAGGGGGGCUAAAAACGACACUGCUGGGUUGGCAGCCACCAAGCUCAAGCUCAAGUUGCAGUUGGCGUUGUACAAGCUUCAGCAACAGAGUGGCGGUAUUAGUGGCAACAAUAACAAUAACAGCCAGGGCGUCUCUUCUUCCGCACAUCCCCCCAAAACGUCCCCCACCACCACUGCCACCACGUCCCCCAUCGCGUCCCUCAACAUCUCGUCCCUGAAACGCCCUGCAUCGUCUCCGUACCUCCCCACACCCCCACGGUCGCGUCCCUACUCGUCGUCCGUCAACAUCAACCUCAAAACAAAAGCAAAACUCCUCUCCAAAACAAGAACGUUCCCGUCCCUCUCCAACAUAGCCACCAGCGACCACGCUGCCAAGGUGCAGAAGCUCCGGCUCUUCAAGAUCAAGCGCAAGUCCAUCUUCUACUCAGCGGCCCCGGCCAACAAGCCGUUGCCGUUGUCGAUCAACCACGUCAACCUCCCCAAGCCCAUGUUGACUUCGUUGGCCAACUCGAUCCGCCAGGCAGAAAUCCCCGCCAAAAUAGACCCUGACGAGCUUCCACGCCUCUCGCGAGCAGACUCUGACUCCCUCGCCAAAACUAACCUCCCUUCCAUCAACAAGAUCCUCAAAACCCCCAUAAAAAACGCAAGCUCGACCAGGCACCUCAUCUCCAGCCUCAACGUAUCGUCGGCUGUGGUAGCCACCGAUGACACCACCAUCGACGAGGAUAAUGAUGCUACGAUUUGUAACACCACCAUAAAAGAAAAAGAAAGAAAGGGAAGCUGCAUUCUCACCUCGUCUCCCAUCGCCAGCUUCGGCACCCCCAACAGCUUCAGCGUGGCCAAGUCCUUGCUCCAGUUGGGGGGCUAUUACGAGAGCAACGACCCUGCGUGCGAUCGGUGA